GGGCUUUGACGAAGAUGCGUGCAUGCAAAGAUUUCGGCAGCUUUUUUUUUGCCCACUGCAGGAAAUAAACUCGCGGCCUGGAGCGAGCCUUGGAACAGCAGCCGACCCGACAGACUGCCUCGAAACGAAACAAAGCUCGCUGCACACUCACACUAUCAAGAACCGCACGAGUCAAGUCAUCAUGUCGGCAGUGCCCCGCCUGUCAUCAGCGGCGCUGCGCCGCGCCUGCCGCCAGCUCCCGACUCGGCAGAGCCCGCUCCCCGCCGCCACCUGCGCCCGCCUCGUCCUCGCUCCUGCCACCAUCGCCGUCGCCGUCGCCGUCGCCCCACCAUCCCUGCCGUCGUCCAGCCGGGCCUACUCCUCCGCCCCUGGCGACGAGUUGCCGCCGCCGCCGCCGCUGCUGGCCACACUCAAGGGCGACCUCAAGGCGGCGAUGCGGGCCAAGGACGCGCCGCGGCUGGCGGUGCUCCGGUCCGUCAUCUCGGCCACGCUCAACGCCAGCAAGACGAGCAGCCCCGUCCGCACCGACGCCGCCCUCGUCGCCAUGCUGCGCAAGGCCGCCGCGAGCCAGCGCGAGGCCGCCGCCGGCUUCCGCGCCGCCGGCCGCGUCGACCUGGCCGACAAAGAGGACGCCCAGGUCGCCGUCCUGGAGGAGUACGCCGCCCGCAGCGGCGUCGAGUCCCUAGACCCGAGCCAGGUCGCCCGCGUCGUCGCCGAGGCCUGCGCCAGCCUCGACCCGGCCGCGUCCGACUGGGCCGCCCGCAAGUCGCUGAGGAGGAACACGGCCCUGCUCAUGGCGCAGCUGAUGAAGCCCGGCGGCGCACUGGCCGGCAAGGACUUUGACAAGAAGGACCUGUUUGGCAUCGUUGAGAAGGAGCUGGAGUCGAGGGCUACCGAGUGAGCAAUGGAAUGGCGUGCCCCUGCGUGUCUGCUUGUCUAAACCCGGACGUCUUCAUCAAUGCAGCGACGCAACCGAACCUGUAACAUAUCGUAUCGCUUGUACAUAUAUAUCUCCCCCAACUUACCCGGCUCUGUAAAUCCGCAGCCAAGCCCCGAGGUAACCGCCUUGCACCCUCCCUCGUAAAAAUACCGCGGCUUCCCUUGCCCCCCCAUUGGAAGCGCCGGCAUUCCUACACUCCCUAUAUGCCGCGGAGCCCAGUUGUUUAUGACCCCGAGUCCAGUCUGAAGGCGGUUUACCUCGGCGCAGCUCUAGCAAGCCGCCUGCGUAGCAACCUGACGCCGUCUCAGUCCGGGCUCUACCGCCUUGCUCCUGCCCUCCCGAGACGGAGGUCGUGGUGAGCAAGGUAUCCUUGGCAAAGCUGACCCGCAGGCUCGGGAGAAAGCAUCUCAGUCAUCAAAUGCCGUGCUACCAUCCACGACGCGGCGUGCUUAUGUCAGGGCGUGGUCCUGGUCGGUUUAUCCUUGUCGGUAUUGUCCAUGGUUUCGCACGUCUCUCAGCCGGACGCUCGACGGGGUUUUCGGCCGUAACAGACGUAUCUAGUAGGGCAGGUAGGCCGCGAAAAUUGUUAUUUAGUGUCAGCAGACUAGAUCAAUUCCACGGCGGCAUGGGUGAAGUUUGUACUUACACGGGGAA